AUGUUUCGUCAAUUGACCCACCUCUCGCGUACUGCUGCUAUCCCAAGACAGACCAUGGCCUCUCGUGCCUUUACUGUCUCGCUAGCCUCGAGAAAAUCUGUGGUUGACACCGCCAAAGACGUUUUAGAAAAGGCCAACAAGAAGACCGGUGAGUUUUUGGCUGGUACCAUCGAGAACACCGAGAAGGUUGCCCCUACUGGCGAGAACCUCAAACUGGCUGCCGAGAAGGUCAACCAGAAGACUGGUGACGUUUUGGCUGACGGAAUUGAGAAGACCCAGCUGGCUGCUGACAGCGUCAAGGACGUCGAUCUCAAGGGUGCUGCCUCGAAGGUGAACCAGAAGACUGGUGACGUUUUGGCCGAUGGCGUCGAGAAGGCCGAGGGUGUUGCCGGCAAGGCUAAGGAGGCCGCUUCCGAGGCCAAGGAACGUGCCUCUGACGUCAAGGAUGAGGCCCAGGCCAAGGCUAAGGUCAAUGCCAAUACCGCAGGUUACGAGAACCUCCAAGACAAGGGCGCUAAAGUUGAGUCUGAGCAGAACCGUCCUGACGACGCUGUGUAA